CAAGUUCAAGUUGGCAAGUUUUACAUAUUACCAGCAAGUUUUCAAGUUGACAAGUUUUACAUAUCACCAGCAAGUUUUCAAGUUGACAAGUUUUACAUAUCACCAGCAAGUUUUCAAGUUGACAAGUUUUACAUAUCACCAGCAAGUUUUCAAGUUGACAAGUUUUACAUAUCACCAGCAAGUUUUCAAGUUGACAAGUUUUACAUAUCACCAGCAAGUUUUCAAGUUGACAAGUUUUACAUAUUUCCAGCAAGUUUUCAAGUUGACAAGUUUUACAUAUUACCAGCAAGUUUUCAAGUUGACAAGUUUUACAUAUUUCCAACAAGUUU